GUCAUUUUUCUCUUUACAAAAUUAUUAGAGACAUAACAUAACACGUCAAAUUUGACUCUUUACCGUCUCCUUUUGGCAUUUUCAUUUGGGCACGAAGAAUACCAUCAUCAUCAAUAUGCCGGAGUUUGGGGCAGCAGCCACUAGUGAGGAGGUCGUUGAGGCUUUCGUCGACCAGGUCAGGAGCCGAACAUUCGUUAUCACCGGUGCAGAGCAGCCGUGCAUCGGAAGCUCAAUGGCAAUAGCCUUAGCUCGAGGCUCACCUUCUCAUAUUAUCCUCGCUUCGAAGAAUCCAUCUAGAGUGAACCCUGUCCUGGCCUCAAUUCGAGACGUCAACCCCGCUGUCAAGGUAACCUUUGUCCAAGUCGACAUAAGUGAUUGUGCCUCUGUCCGAAGCGCGGCGAACAAGAUCCUGGACGUUACCGGAUCUGUUAUUGAUGUGUUGCUAAACAGUGCUGGUAACACGGGAAUCAAAGAAUAUACCGUUGAUGAUAAAGCGAGCUUUGACUUACAGGUCUUCGCCAAUCAGUACGGUCACUUCCUACUGACCAACUUAUUAGCUCCGGCUCUUGUGGCUGGGGCUCAAAAGGGAGGCCGUCGAGGGUCCCGUGUCAUAAAUCUAACCUGCCUCGGAUACCGCAUUAGCCCAGUGCAUUUCGACCACUACAAUUUCCCGAACGACAAGAACUAUGAUCUCUGGACCAACUACAGACAGGGCAAGAUGACUAGCAUCUUCUUUAGUAUUGGAUUAUUCCAACGACUGGGGAGUCACGGAGUUAGCUCAUUCGCGGCCCAUCCCGGCUCUGACCCCGAUACCAACGCCGGUGCAAAUUUAGUCCUAGAAAUUUACGACGCCAUUUCUGAAGCUGCGAAACGGAACAGUGACGUGGAUCCUGCCUUUGAUAAGCCACGAUUCAAGACAUAUGCACAGAUCGGCGCAACUCCGUUGAUAGCCGCACUCGACCCCGAGCUAUCUUCCAAAUCUCCCGGUUACUUAGAGAAUAACCACCUGGCACAACUAGACGCGCAUGUUUAUAACUCCGAUCAGGUGGAAAAGCAUUGGAAACUGAGUGAAAGAUUAGUCCAUGAAGAAUUCACAUACUGAAUUAAGUUGGAAGAGUGUCGAUGAGACCGAGUUUCAAUACCGGGAAUAAAAUCAAAUUUCAGAGAACGAGGAUGGCACAAAACAAUCCUUCCCGUAUAGCUACCUAACAUAUACAAAUGAACACGACAGAAUAAAUGGAUUUAGUUGCAUAAAAA